GGACGGGAUGCUGUCUUGUGAUUAUUCCGUCAUUAAUUUCGUACUAUUUUAUAAUAUACAACGUUCGUAAUGCUUAAAUAUUUUAUGUAUUUAUUCUUGGUGUACUCUAUAACCGCACAGCAUGAAAAAGACAAUCCAUUAGCAGCGAUGGUACAUAAAACUUUGAGAGCCACUGCUCGUUCCUGUAUGGAGAAGACCAACGCUACGGAAUCUGAUCUGAUGCACCUUCGCAAUGAUCCACCUUUCCCGCAUAAGGCCGCUUGUAUCGUCACCUGUCUUUUAAAAAAAAUAGGCAUCGUGGAGGACCAAGUAUUCUCAAAAUCUGGCUUCAUGGUCAUCGUCGGUCCGCUGGUCUUUCAAAAUAAGAAGAAAUUGGAUCACAUGAAGACUGUCUCCGAGAAUUGUGAAAAAGAGAUAAAAACCGAUGAAGAUUCUUGUAAACUAGGUAAUGAAAUACCUCAGUGUGUUUUCAAAUACGCCCCCGAACUACAUUUCAAGAGUUAAUUGUGCUUAAUAAACAAUAA